AUGAUCUUUUUAGCUUAUUGGACAUCCACGUUACGACCAAAUAUGGGCAGCGAGUCGUGGCUGGUCACCGGCUCUUCAGGAGGCAAAAACGCGGCGUUACGACGCACGAUGGAAAUAAUCGCCGAGCAAAACGAGGAGAUUCGCCGCCAGGAAAUGGCCGACCGACUCCGCGAUUUGCGAAUUACCGGCGCGCACGAGGGGCUGAGCGGCCCCGCACAACUUCUGCUCAACGUCGCUAGGCUGUCCAUCGCCUCUUCGUCGUAUUCUCCACAUGGGUCGCUACAAACCCGCCAGCAUCAUGGCCCGCCACCUCCAGUGAUCAUAUCUCCAUCUGCGCAGUCGAGAAGAUCAUCAGCUGCCUCGGCUGGCACGCGCUGUCCAUCCCCUCCAAGUCAAGUUGGGAGCGCCAGCUUGCUGCAGCUGAGAGAUUCACAUCCGCACUUCAAGGGCAAAAAAGAACGCCGCAGCUCGCGACGCCAAUCUUCCAUCGAGGGCAUGGCGAUCAAGGGCCGGAGAAGAGGCCUCUCGAUCUCCUCGGCCCCAGCCCAACGCUGGAAAACCGGUUCCCUAAUCCUCAGCCGAGGCUUCAGGAAG